AACAACAUAACAUUUUCUAGUCGAAGUAGUCGAUAUAUUACAGCAAAUCGUUAACACGUCUUCGUUCGAGUACCUGAAAUAACAACAAGAUGGGUCUGCUUGCUAUUUUACGGAAAUUGCGAUCAAAUCCUGAUAAAGAAUUACGAUUAUUACUGUUGGGCCUCGACAAUGCCGGAAAGACGACUAUCUUGAAAUCUUUGGCUAGUGAGGAUAUCACGCAGGUUACUCCAACACAAGGUUUUAAUAUAAAAAGCGUCCAGAGCGAAGGUUUCAAAUUAAACGUUUGGGAUAUUGGCGGAGCUCGAAAAAUUCGACCUUAUUGGCGAAAUUAUUUCGAGAACACGGAUGUACUUGAAGGCUUAGAGUGGGCGUGCAAGAACAUUAAGAAGAAGUAA